GGGGGUGAGGUUGCUGCAGUGCUUUCGGUGGUACUUUGGUGUCAGUCCUGUGUCUUGUCUAUCCUUCUAAACGUGUCCCCUUACGAUGCUGGCUCGCAACCACCUGGAAGUUGACUAAGGGGAGAAGGAGUCUCGUUGGAAAACGGAGGCACAAUUCUGUCUUCUCUUGAACUGCAUAACUGAGAACUCUGCAAAUUCCCCAAAGGAGGAGGAAAAAUGACCAUGUUCAGGGAGGCAGUGACCUUCAAGGAUGUGGCUGUGGUCUUCACCAAGGAGGAGCUGGGGCUGCUAGACCUUUCCCAGAGGAAGCUGUACCGAGAUGUCAUGCUGGAGAACUUCAGAAACCUGCUAUCAGUGGGGCAUCAACCUUCCCACCGAGAUACUUUUCACUUCCGAAGAGAAGAAAAGUUUUGGAUCAUGGAGACAGCAACCCAAACAGAAGGGAAUUCAGGAGGCAAGAUCCAAACUGAGUUGGAGUCUGUUCCAGCAACAGGACCACAUGAAGAGUGGUCUUGCCAGCAAAUCUGGGAACAAACUGCAAGUGAGUUAACUAGACCUCAAGACUCCAUAAGUAGCUCUCAGUUCUCCACACAAGGUGAUGUCCCCUCCCAGGUUGACGCAGGACUAUCUAUAAUUCACAUAGGAGAGACACCUUCUGAGGAUGGGAAGUGUAAAAAAUUCUUCAGUGAUGUCUCCAUCCUUGAUCUUCAUCAACAGUUACACUCAGGAAAGAUAUCCCAUACAUGUAAUGAGUACAGGAAGAGAUUCUGUUAUAGCUCAGCUCUUUGUAUUCAUCAGAAAGUUCACAUGGGAGAGAAACUCUAUAAGUGUGACGUGUGUAGUAAGGAAUUUAGUCAGAACUCACAACUGCAAACUCAUCAGAGAAUCCACACUGGAGAGAAACCAUUCAAAUGUGAGCAGUGUGGGAAAAGUUUCAGCCGUAGAUCAGGAAUGUAUGUUCAUUGCAAAUUACACACAGGAGUGAAACCUCAUAUUUGUGAGGAAUGUGGGAAGGCCUUCAUUCACAAUUCCCAGCUUCGGGAACAUCAAAGAAUCCAUACUGGGGAGAAGCCAUUCAAAUGUUACAUAUGUGGUAAGAGCUUCCAUAGUAGAUCAAAUCUUAAUAGGCAUUCCAUGGUCCACAUGCGAGAGAAAUCAUUUAGAUGUGAUACCUGUAGUUAUAGCUUUGGUCAGAGACCAGCACUUAAUAGUCAUUGCAUGGACCACACAGGAGAGAAACUAUACAAAUGUGAAGAAUGUGGAAGGAGCUUCACUUGUAGGCAAGAUCUUUGUAAGCAUCAGAUGGACCAUACAGGAGACAAACCAUAUAAUUGUAACGUAUGUGGGAAGGGCUUCAGGUGGUCCUCCUGUCUUUCAAGACAUCAGCGGGUCCACAAUGGAGAAACAACAUUCAAGUGCGACGGAUGUGGGAAGAGAUUUUAUAUGAAUUCACAGGGCCAUUCACAUCAGAGAGCCUACAGAGAAGAAGAACUGUAUAAAUGUCAGAAGUGUGGGAAGGGCUACAUUAGUAAGUUUAAUCUUGACUUGCAUCAGAGGGUCCACACGGGAGAGAGACCUUAUAAUUGUAAGGAAUGUGGAAAGAGCUUCAGGUGGGCCUCAGGUAUUUUGAGACAUAAGAGACUCCAUACUGGAGAAAAACCAUUCAAAUGUGAAGAGUGUGGGAAGAGGUUUACUGAGAAUUCAAAACUUCGUUUCCAUCAAAGAAUUCACACUGGAGAAAAGCCUUACAAAUGUGAGGAGUGUGGAAAGGGAUUCAGAUGGGCCUCAACUCAUCUAACCCAUCUAAGACUCCACAGCAGAGAAAAACUAUUCCAAUGUGAGGAUUGUGGGAAGAGCAGUGAGUACAGUUCAUGCCUUCAAGACCAACAAAGAGACCACAGUGGAGAAAAAACAUCCAAAUGUGAGGACUGUGGGAAGCGCUACAAGAGGCGCUUGAAUCUAGAUAUGAUUUUAUCAUUAUUUUUAAAUGAUACAUAAUUAUUGUCCAUAUUUAUGGGUUACAGCAUAUUUCAAUAUAUAUAUACAAUGUAUAAUGAUCAAAUCAGUGUUAUUAGCAUAUCCAUCACCUUUAUCAUUUAUUUGUGUUGAUCGUUUAUCAUUUCUUUGUGUUUUGAACCUUCAAAAACUGCUGUUCUAGUUAUUUGAAAAUAAGUUAUUAUUAAUUAUAGUCACCUUUAGUGCUGUGGAACACUAGAACUUGUUCCUUUCAUCUUAUUGUACUUUCGUAUCUGUUAACCAAUAUUUCAUCAUCCACCCUCCCUCCUACUUUUCUCUUCUAGUAAUUGCUAUGCCACGCUGCUUCUGCUUUUUUUUUUUUUUUUUUUUUUUUUUUUUUUUUUUUUUGAGAACAGAGUCUUCCAGGCUUGAGUGUAGUCGCACGAUCCUGACUCACUGCAGCCUCCACCUCCUGGGUUCAAGCGAUUCUCCUGCCUAAACCUCCUGAGUAGCAGGGAUUACAGGCAUGCGCCACCACACCCGGCUAAUUUUUGUACUUUUUUUUUUUUUUUGAGACGGAGUAUCCCUGUCACCCAGUCUGGAGUGCAAUGGCCUGAUCUCGGCUCACUGCAACCUCUGCCUCCUGGGUUCAAACGAUUCUCCCUGCCUCAGCCUACCGAGUAGCUGGGACUAUAGGCGACCGCCACCACACCCGACUAAUUGUUGUAUUUUUAGUAGAGAUGGGUUUUUGCCAUAUUGGCCAACCUGGACUUGAACUCCUGACUUCAGGUGAUCCGCCCACCUCGCCCUCCCAAAGUGCUGGGAUUACAGGCAUGAGCCACCAUGCCCACCAUGCCUAAAAAUUUUUGUAUUUUUACUAGAGUUGGGGUUUCACCACAUUGGCCAGGCUAGCCUUGAACUCCCAACCUCAAAUGGUCCACCUGCCUUGGCCUCCCAAAGUGCUGGGAUUACAGGCAUGAGCCACCGUGCCCAGCCAAUGCUAUGCUGCUUCUGUGAUGUCAACUUUUUAGGUUCCACAUAUGUGUGAGAACAUGUGGUAUUUAUCUUUCUGGGCCUGAAUUUACAUCACUCAACAUCAUGUUCUCCAAAGCUUAUCUUUAUCUUGCCAUAAAUGACAGAAUUUUAUUAUUUUUUAUGGUUAAAUAGUGUACCUUUAUGUAUGUAUGCCACAUUUUCUUUACCAUUUUCUGUUGAUGAACACUUAGAUUGGUUCCAUAUGUUAGCUAUUGCAAAUAGUACUAUAAUAAAUAUAGGAGUGCACAUAGGAGUUCAACACACUGAUUUCCUUUCCUUUGGAUAUACAGCUAGUAGUGGGAUUGCUGGAUCACUUGAAUGUUGAUAUGCAUAAGAGGAUCUACACUGGAAAAGAACCGUGGAAGUGUGGAGAUUGUGGUACAUGCUUCAGUCAGGGCUCACAUCUUCAAAUUCAGUGUCUGUUCUGUAGAGAAACCUUAAUAAUGUCAUAUAUGUGACAGCAAAGAGUUAUAAGGUAUGAAUAUGUUAAUUUUAGUAGAUGCUUCCGAAAAGUAUUUCAAACUGGUUGUACCACUAUAAACUCUGACCAUUAUUAGGCAAGAAUUGGCUUUUUUUUUUUUUUUUCUUUUGAGACAGUCUUGCUGUGUCACCCAGACUGGCAUGCAGUGGAAUGAUCACGGCUCCCUGCAGCCUUGACCUCCCAGGCUCAAGAAAUCCUUCUGUCUCAGCCCCUCAAAAGCUGGGACUAUAGGCAUGCAACAACACGCCUGGCUAAAUUUUUGUUGUAGAGAUGGGGUCACACUAUGUUGCCCAAAUUGGUCUCAAACUCCUGGGCUCAAGCGAUUCUCCUUCCUCAGCCUCCCAAAGUGCUGGGAUUACAGGCCUGAGCCAUGCGCCCAGCAUUUUGUUUUGUUUUGUUUUUGAGAUGGGGUCUCUCGGUGUUGCCCAGGCUGGAUUGCUUAUUCACAGAUGCAGUUACAGUACCCUAUAGCCUCGAACUCCUGAGCCUAAGUGAUCCUCUUGCUUCAACCCCCUGAGAAGCUGGAACUACAGGCAUGGACCACCACCCCUGACUGAUCUUCUUUAGCUUCUAUCAACAAAAUAGUACACUGUUUCCACAAACUUGGGAAGGCUAGUAUUUUUUUGGGGGAAAAUCACUAAACAACAAAGAAAAUCUGAUGAAUUGGACAGCAUAAAAAUAUUGGCAUAAAGAUGAACAUAAUAUAAGCAGGAAUAUUUAAAGCACAUACUUUUUAUAGAGUGUCUCCCCUGUAAUGUCUCUGGUUAAAUGAAAGGAUUUCAAAUGUGAAGACAACCCUAACCAUACUCAUUACCUGUAAAAGAUGUAGCAUUGUCAUGGACCCCUUAAUAAACGUGAAGACUUUAAUCCA